AUGGCUUUGCACAACACUACUCUAUCUCAUCCCCUCACUUUCCUCCUCCUGGGAAUCCCUGGAUUGGAAAACAUGCACUGUUGGAUUGGUUUUCCUUUCUUUGCUGUGUUCCUGACAGCUGUACUUGGGAAUAUAACUAUCCUUUAUGUAAUUCAGACAGAACACAGUCUUCAUCAGCCCAUGUUCUACUUCCUGGCCAGUCUGUCAUCUAUUGACCUGGGCCUGUCCACAUCCACAAUCUCUAAAAUGCUUGGAAUCUUCUGGUUCAACCUGAGAGAAAUAUUAUUUGAGGGAUGUCUCCUCCAGAUGUUCUUCAUUCACCUGUGCACAGGCGUGGAGUCAGCUGUGCUUGUGGCCUAUGACCGCUACGUGGCCAUCUGUAAUCCUCUUCGCUAUACUUUGGUGCUGACAAACAAGGUAGUUUUCAUCAUUGCUUGGGUCAUCCUCCUAAGACCGUUGGUUUUUGCCAUACCCUUUGUCUUGCUCAUCUUGCGGUUACCAUUUUGUGGACACCAAAUCAUCCCCCACACAUACUGUGAGCACAUGGGUAUUGCACGCCUGUCCUGUGCCAGCACCAAGGUCAACAUCAUCUAUGGCUUGGUGUGUGCCAUUGUAGCCAUUGUCAUCUCCUAUGUGCACACCCUCCGCGCUGUGUUUCGGCUGUCUUCUCAGGAUGCCCGGCUCAAGGCACUCAGCACCUGUGGAUCUCAUGUAUGUGUCAUGUUGACAUUCUACACUCCCGCUUUCUUUUCAUUUAUGACUCAUAGGUUUGGCCGGAAUAUACCACGGUACAUCCACAUUCUUCUGGCCAAUUUUUAUGUAGUCAUUCCACCUUCUCUCAACCCUGUAAUCUAUGGAGUCAGAACUAAACAGAUUAGAGAACAGGUACUGAAAGUGUUUUCCAGGAAAUAA